AUGGCUUUAGUCCAACGCUUUGGAAAACCGGACAUCUUUUUAACCAUGACAUGUAACCCAAGUUGGAAAGAAAUCUUAGAUGAGUUGGGUCCACAAGAAGAAGCACAAAAUCGUCCUGAUUUGAUUGCACGUAUCUUUAGAGCAAAAUUAGAAGAACUGAAGGAUGAAUUAUUCAAACGGGAGAUAUUUGGGAAAGUUUCAGCAUAUGUAUAUGUCAUUGAACAUCAGAAAAGAGGACUACCACAUGCACAUUUCUUGAUCAUACUACAAAGAGAUUGGAAAAUCUAUGCUCCAGAAUCUUUUGAUGAAAUUGUAUCAGUAGAAAUACCUGACAAAGAAAGAAAUUUACAUUUGCACAAGACAGUAAUAAGACAUAUGAUGCAUGGUCCCUGUGGAGUACUAAAUCCGAGCAAUGUGUGUAUGAAAACAAAUGGCAGUUGUAAAAACCACUUUCCAAAAGGCUUUGCAUCUAACACAACUGUUGGAAUCGAUUGUUUCCCACAGUACAGACGUUGUGAUAAUGGAAUAACUGUCAAAGUCAGAGGUAAAAAUUUAGAUAACCGUUGGGUUGUUCCACAUAAUCCAUAUCUCCUCGCAAAAUUUGAUUGUCACUUGAAUGUAGAAAUUUGCUCAACAAUCAAAGCAGUCAAAUACCUUUAUAAGUACAUUUAUAAAGGUCAUGAUCGUGUUGCUUUCAACUUGAUUCCCGGACAAAACAUCCAAGAUAUAGAUGAAAUCCAACAAUUUCAAUCAGCUAGAUGGAUUGCUCCACCAGAAGCCAUGUGGAGAAUAUAUGGCUUUAUUCUUAAUGAAAUGUAUCCAUCAGUUUACAGUUUACAUCUACAUCUUAAAGAUCAACAUCUGAAUGAAACUGAAUCUAGGGAAAUAAAUGAUGAAUUUGCAGUUUUGAUACCAGAAGAAGAUCUUAUGGCUUCGAUGAGUCUUAAUCCUGAACAACAACAUGCAUAUGAAUCAAUUUUACAGAAAGUCCUUCUAAAUGAAUCUGCUGCAUUCUUCAUUGAUGGUCCUGGUGGAACAGGGAAAACAUUCUUAUAUAAAGCACUUCUCGCUACAGUGAGAUCAAGAAACUUAAUUGCUCUUGCAACUGCAUCGUCUGGUGUUGCUGCAUCUAUUUUACCUGGGGGUCGAACAGCACAUUCACGCUUCAAAAUUCCAUUAGAUCUCGACAAAAAUAGUACUUGUUGUGUAAGCAAAUAA